AUGAGUGGUGACAAAAUUCAAUUACUAAGAAGUGACGAAGAUGAUAUAAUGACUUCAAAAGAGCGUGUUUAUAGUGUUAAUCGAAUCACACCAGAUCCUUACAUUCAUUGUUGGAGAAAACAACCGAAAAUUCAUGAGAAAGAAAUGUUGAUGAAAUUAAUUUAUGACCAAAUGAAAUAUCAAGACUCUUUUGACAUUUGUAUUGAAAUAGGAAAUGCUAUAUUCAGCGCAAUUUUGCUCAUCCUAAAAUCCUACUCAAAUUUUUUUGCAAACAGAGAAUUUGCAGACGGAGCAUGUAUUAAACUUUCAGAAUCACGAAUAACACGAGAUACUUUCACGGAUAUUUACAAAUGGAUUCUUUCAAAACGAAAGCAAAUUGAUCGUGAAGAUAUAAUUCCAUUACUGUUGGGUGCACAAUAUCUUGAGGUGGAGCUUUUGGAACAACAAAUAUGGAAUUUGAUACAAGAUUGUGAGAAGUUUCAAGAAGACGAAGCUUUUCUUUUAUAUCAAGAAGCAAAAUUAUGGAAAUGCACAAAGGUACAAAACAUGAUGAUUCAAAGGGUUCAACGCUUCUUUAUGACUGUUGUGUGUUCCGAAGAAUUUCUUAUAAUGGAACCAAACGAAGUGAUGAAUUGGCUUAGACUUGACAGUAUUGGCAUAAACAUGGAAGUAGAAGUUUUUUAUGCAGCUGCACGUUGGAUGCUUUUCAAUUGGAAUGACCGAAAAGUGUAUCUUAUGGAUUUAGUGAAACUUGUGAGAUUUGGAAUCAUCGAUCCAUGGAGAAUUGUCGAGUUUCGUAUGAAUAAAAAAAUGGGGAAACUUGAAGUUAUUCUGAAUAACUCUGAUUUUCAAGAUACUUUAGAAUCGAGUUUAUCAUAUUCAACUUAUAGAAAUUGUUUCAAUGAUGAUUCUCAUGAUCAGUUCAAUGAUUUCCUUAAACGAUUCAACUUUAAAAAAAUUUAUCCCAGAGACCAAAUGAUUGAUCCUAUGUGGCAAGAAUACUACAAACAAACUCCGUACACUUUCCAACAUUUUGAAGAUUAUCUUAAAAUGACUUUAGAAAGACGUUUUCACAGUCUCGUUUAUACAAAGUAUCAAAUACAGCAAGAACAGUGA